UAUAUGUCAAAUUUUUGCCCUAUUUAAUAUUUAUUACAAAUAGAACAUUUGUAAUGCAUAAUAGAUAUGAUUUUAUAGACUUACUCAUGUUCAAGUUAAGUUGUUUAGAUUAUCUUUGGUAAAAACUAAUAUUUUAUCAAAUAAUGACGUUAAUUUUGGGAUGUUAAUUAAUUACUAAGUAUACUCUCUAUUUCCAAUCUUUGAGUUGUUUAGUAUUGUUUAUAAGAAACUAACUAGGUUCCACGAUGCUUGAAACCGAAGAAGUUGAUAUUGAUUAUUUUACUCCGGCAUCUAGGUAGCACAUCUUUAGCAAAAAUUUUUAGUAGUAAUGAAGUAGACAGUGGACACGAUACUUCAUUAAAAUAUGUGGCUCCACUACCAACCCAAGCUAAAAUUAAGCCUGAAGAAAGUAAGCCAGCACAAUGUGUAUAUGCAAAUGCCUUCCAUAUCUAUGAAUGGUAUAAUAACACUCACAUCUCCAAGGGUAAAUUGGGAUUCGCAAUAAUGAAGAUAUCGCAAACCGGUUUUCACAAUCUGGUUAUAUAUAACGCAGAGAAAAUUACUUUAUCCUGUCUUGUCCUCUCUUCUGAUGUAACUCUCAACAUAGACAGAGAUUUUAGGAUAUCAUAUUAUGAUAGUAACAAAAGGUAUUGGAGUGUCUGUGCAACACAACCAGAAGUAAAUAAAAUAAUAGAAAUCAUAAAACCCUUGAAUGUUCACAUUAAAAACUCCAUUCAAUCUGUAGAGGACACUCCUAGUAAUGUUGUCGCUGAAAAGGUAGAAGAGGACUCAGUAAAAAAUCUAAUUGAAGAUAGAGAAAGUGAUACAGAUUCAUCAAUGACAAACAAAAGAACUAAAGAGACAAUAUUAAAGAGGAUGGCUUCUAUGGGUCAGUCUAUUUUGCCUCCAUCUCAAUUAACAUUCCAAACUAGUGAUUCGUCAGACAGUAACGACAGUAUGAAUGUGCCAAAAAUGAGACAUAAGCCAUUAAAACUAAACUCAAAAAAGAAUACCGACAAAAAGAUAAAUGAAGAAGAAUGCAAAAGUGAUACAAAUUUAAGUAUAACUACUGUGAAACCAGUAACUCAUACAGACAAUAUUGUGCCUAUAAAUGAUCAGGAAAUUGUACCAUUAACAACUUAUAACAUCCAAUCAAGUGACUUACACAUUUCUGAACAAAGGGUAGCUAAUUGUGAAUUAAGAAUGAACAUGAACAAAAUGGGAGACAAAUUAGAUUUAAUAUUAGACAAAGUCAACAAUCUCAGAAUUAUGGAACCGCUUCAACAAACUUCAUCAACAUUUCAGAAUGAGAUUGUAUUGAAACUUUUAGGUGAAUAUGAGACAAAAAUACAACGGUAUGAGGAGUUUCUAAAAUUGAAGGGCUUUGAUUGCAAUAAAUUUGAACCUUCAACUGUAAGUACUAAAGAAAAACAUGUACAAAGCCAAAUUGAAACUAAUGUUAGCUCUUACUGUCAAGACAAAGAUGAUGAGAUAUCACAUCUCAGAGCUGAAGUUCAAAGAUUGUCAAUGAAAUGUGAAGAAAACAUUCAAACUAAAAAUACUGAAGACACUAAUAUGUCCCAGGAAAUAAAUGAAUUAAAAGAAGAACUGCUCAUAAAAGAUAAAGAAAUUAAGGAUUUAAUAAAAAAAAUUGAGAGUAUUUCAAACGAAAAGAUUAACAAAAUUUUUAAAAACAAACUAAAAGAACUUAUGAAUGAUACAUUCCAAACUAUAGCUGCGAAUUUUGAAAAUAAUGAAGAAUAUUCUGGCGCUCAUAUAAAAAAUACAGUGGCCACGGUCAUUAAGAAAGCAACCUUGAAUGCAGUAAUAAAUUAAUAAAAUAUAUAUAUUUCA